AAUUACAAAUGUGCAUAAAUGGAAAAAAAAUCCUCCUUUGAGUCACGCAACAAACGACAACUGCAAUCUGAUGUGGAGAGCAAGAGAAAGCGGCACAAGGGCGGCAGCAAUAGGCAAAAACUCGAUGGAGAUAUUCGAAUGGAAACCAUCAUUUAUAAAUUGGAUAGUCGAAAUAAAAUUGUUUUACCAAGAGCCGAUGAAACAAAUACAGACAAUGAAUUUCUACAAUAUGUUAAAACUCGUAUUGAAGAAAAAAGUUUGCCGGUGGAGCCGGUCGCCAAUGGAAGGAGAAACAGUAAGGAUAAAACGAAGAAGCACGAACGCACACGAAAACCAAGGCGUUAUAGUUACGACAGUGGCACAUCCAUUGACGAAUAUACAGCGAAACAUGCACGGAAUAGCAUCAGCGGCGGGCAUAGGGGAUCAAGAAAUGGACAAUACAAGCAUGCCGGCGACUAUAAUGGCAGUGAAGAAAGAAUGUCGCAUAAUUAUGAUAAACGCCCCUCGAAUGGUUAUGAUGAAAAUGUAGGCUCUUGCGGCUGCAGACGCCGGAACAACAGUGUUGCCGAUCGUGACGAAGAAAAAAUGUCGUAUAAUUAUGAUAGACGUCCCUCGAACGGUUACGAUAGGACUGUAGACUUUUGCAGCUGCACACGCGGCAAGAACAGUGUUGCCGUACCGAAGGCAAUGGCAUACGCGCGCGAACAAAACGCGGCGCCUGUGAACGACCAAUAUUUUUGCGAGCUGAGUGAAGAGCAAAUGAUGCAGUGUUUCCAGCUGGUGUUCAAAAAACUAUGCACACUACAAAAUGCUAAUGGCACGAGACUGGAAAUUGAUGUUGCUGCGCCAAGCAAGGCCGACAGUCCAGAAGCAACGUCAACAACUCGACCCCAACGAUACACGCCACCACCGCAAGCACUGCCGCAUCCACAGCCAACACCACAGCCAGCACCACCACCACCAGAGAGACUGCACGAGCCAGUUGAAACCCGCGUUUUAGGCAAGCAGUUUGAUGUCAACAACGGCCAGUUCGCUAAUGUAACUGACAAUCAGAAUCAAGCAGAAAACUCUUCAAGGCAAUCACAUGGUGGUGCAGAGCCGAUCAAUGAAGCUCCAGAACAAAAUCAGCAACACGCUCAUCAAUUAACUACUCCAAUGGAACAGCAUUAUGAACAACAACAGCAGCAACAGCAAUACGAACAAGAGCCUUCUAAGCCAUUGGAAGCUGUUGAGAGGCAUAGCAGUCUUACAUUUAUGGAGAGGUAUCCCACAGAAUUCGAUCCAGAUAGCAUGCAUUUCACACACCGGAUAAGAAGUUCGACUCAGUCUGGUGUUGCCGGCCGGGAGAGCUUAGGGGGAAAUUAUGUACAUAGCGGACUCAGCCAGGCGGUUAACGGGGCGAACACAAACUAUCCCAUCUAUCCGUAUGGUUAUAAAAAUGGUCUACAAAAAUUAUCGGCCACCAGUGUUAGAAUCAUACCGAACGUCACGGUUGUGGAUUGUAACGACAAUUUUUGUUCGAUCCCAUUACGCUCACCGAAUAACAAUGAAAGCUACGAGUAUAUUCUGAUGCGAGUCAAAAAGAACAGAACGGUGCAGUGCAAUUGUAAGAGAUGAACGUGUG